GCAAGUAAAGAAGGAAGAGAAGCCAGGAAAAAGUAGAGGUAAGCCAAUGUGUUCCACUAAUAAAGAGAAACACAGAAUUUACCAAGAAGAAAAAGUUGUCAAGCAGGUAAAAGCUACCACAACAGAAAAAACAGUCAAGCCCAAACCAGCAAACCAACCAAAACCAGCUUCAAAGGAAACAUCAGAAAUCAAAGAAUCAGGGAAGAAGAAAAUUGAAAAAUCUGAAAAGGAAAGUAAAGUAGAGAAACCUGCAAGAGUAUCAAGAGAAGCUUUUGAAGAUGUACCAGCUUCAAAGAAAGCUAAAGAAGAAGCUGAAGAUGUGUCUUCCACAAAGAAGCAAAAAAGCCCCAUCAGUUUCUUUCAAUGUGUCUACCUGAAUGGAUACAAUGGCUAUGGAUUUCAGUUUCCUUUCACUCCUGCACACCGCCCUGCAGAGAGCUCUGGCCCACCAGGUUCUCCAGGACAGACGGAACAAGGACAGUAGACACACAUGCAUGUCAUGAUAAGUGCUUUACGACUUUAAAAAUAGGAUCUGCCAUUUAUCCACAGUGGCACAGGCAAUUGAAAUAAUGGAAUUCAGAGAAUUUCUGUGAAAAUAUUUUACUUUUCUGCCUGAUGUAGAGAAAAAAAGGUGGGCAAAUAGAUUGACUGCUAAGCAGACAUGAUGUAAGGUCUGGUGCUCAAGAAUCUGUUAUUUGUGUUUGUUGCUGAGCAUAGGUGCUUAUAUAUUUCGAUUUCCACUCACUGUAGGGUUGUUCAUAAAUUAAUUUAAAGUUUACUUAGUAAUGGUCUUUUAAAUGCAAUAGACACAAUCAUAAAAUGAAUUCCUCAUCAGUCAGACAGGCACUUAUUAUUAAAUGAAAACACAGACUAUGCUUUACGUUCAAAGGGUAUAGGAACUUAUAUAAAAGCUACUCUUCUGCAUCAUGUGGGUAUAUAAACUCAAUUUAUGCAGCAAGUUGAUCUAUAAUAGUUUGAUUUUAUUUAUGUCUAUUUCUAUGCUCUACGGAUGAGUUACAGUUGCACCAAAGAGUGCUGUAAGUUUCUUGUGAGCUCUUUUAGAGCUCAAAAUAUCUCUGAAUUUUAGACAUGACAAGAAGGAAUAGAAAUGUUUGAUGAAUCUUAUCUCUAAGAUUUGUCUUGAAUUACAAUUAGGACAUUCACUCCAGUGGAAAUACACCAUCCAAUUAGGGAGGUCUGGUGAAUCAUUUGUUUAAAAUAUAAGCAAAUGAGACGUAGAAAUUUCAGAUGUCUCUAGACUGCGCCCUGAUGACAAUGUCACCUGGGUAAAAUUUUAGAUCAAUUACUAAAUUUGGGUGACACAGGCAAAAGUAUUUUCAAUUCACUUUCGUAGGAUCCUUCUGUGGAUAUAACUAGGUUUUCUUUCUCAACAAGGAAAUACAUGAAUGUCAUCAAAGUUGAAGGAAUACAUUUGAAACGUAAGUGCACCAUGAGAUGUCUUACUUGUUUUUUAGGCAAUUGGUUAUCAGUGCCAAUGAAAUGAAUGACAAUCUUUAAUAGGCACUUGGUUAUCAGUGCCAGUGAAAGGAAUGACAGAAUGACAAUCUUUAACUUACUUGACGAUGCAUCAUUGGGAAUGACUAUUAUGGUUUUGCCAUUUUUUGGUCUCCUGGUGAUAUAAACUUGUGCUCUUUAUCACAUUUUUCUAUCAAUUCUAACAGCCAUGCCACUGUGACAUUUUCAUGCUAACAGUUGCAACUCAACUUGUGACAAAUUAACUCAGGAAAUAAAAAGUUAUCUUUUCUAACAUUAUGAUUACCUUUUGGUGAGACAACCAGAGCCAAUACUAGCCAAGUGAUUUAUUUUCAAGUAUUGAAACUAAGUUCUUAAGUCCAAGAUUUAGAACACUGUUUUAUUAAAAUAUCACUAAGCUAGGGUAUCAGUAACACACUCAUUAUUAAUAAUGGAUUUUCAGUGACUUUUGUGAAAGAAGUUGGUCUUGGCCACAUGAUGGUAGACCUAACUCACACCGCAAAAGCCAAGAUUACAAUGAACCAAGAUCAAUGAUACUCCUUAUGGGAGUUGGGGGCCUGAAAGUGUGUAUUUUCAGUACUGAACAGAUGGUACCAUCUUGCAAAGCCCCUUCCUGUAGCAAUGGAAACUGGUGGGUAGGAGAGUGUAUAGAUUUUAUUGCUUAACUGUCCUUCUAGCUUGUCCAAUUUAAUAAGUACAGGCAUAGAGAGAAAAUGUGGUAGAUUUUUUUAGAUUUUAUAGAACAGAAUGGUUUAUCUAUUAAUUCUUUCAUUCGAUAGCUAUAACUGAGCACUUAACUCUUUCUAGAGCACUGUGCUAGGCAUGGGACAAUAUAAAAAAAAUAUCAGAGACAAAUUCUGUUCCCAGUGUUAUUCUGACACAAUGUGUGACCUUAGAAAAUGUACUAAACAUACUAUGCUUGUUUCCCAUGUAAAAUAAGGAUUUCAAGACAAACAACCUAAUACACAGAUAUACUGUGAACACUGAUAAAAUCUCUUACUAUGGAUAUGACAUCAAAAUUAAUUUCUGAAGCAAUACUUUUGGAUGUCUUCCCUCUGAGUGCUUUUCUACAUUAUAUUAUUGUUUCUUUUACUACCAUGAAAACUACUUGAUAAAAAGUAAAAUAUGACAACAUAUUGUAAUUAGAAUUUAGACAGAUUAUGAUUACUUGUUAAUAAUAAUUAAUUGCUCAUAAGAAUUGUUAAGGUUUAUCUGCUUAAAGUUACAGUGAUGGUAGCACUUGAAAAAGAUUAACUAAAGUCUCAUCUAUCUGUAUGGUUCCACCAAAUAAAGUAUUUCUGGUCCUUUCAAGUUUGUGCUUUCCAUUGUAAAAGGAAAUGGUUGGUUAAAACUCUUUGUCUCUAGUAGCUCACUUAUAAUUCAUGUCAUAUUUGUCAUAAAUAUGUAAGCAUUUAAUAAUUGUGUUAGUUCUCCAUUUUGUUCAAUUGGUAUGAACCAUCCUCCCCAACACUCUACUCUCUCCCAUAAUUCACCUCUUCUUAAUAGAAGAAGGUCUGUAGAAAAUAAAUAACUACCUAAGGUUUUUGAUUCAUGUUUAGUUUCUAUAAAACCUGACAAAUUAUCAUUCAAACAUGGCAAGGCUUUUCCAGAAUAAUGCCCUUGAAAAGCACCUGUAUAUUGAUACAUUCUGGUAUAUCCCUGUCAAAACUCCUCACAGAAAUAUUUUGGAAACUCAUAUAUUUAGGGA